CAUGUUUCCAAGCGGCAUUGACACGAUUCCCACAAUGCAACGCGAGUCUACGGUAACACUUCCGCUACGGAAGCCCCGAGCCGUGUGCGUCCAAAUAGUGUUCCUCUCACGAAUAUCUAACACAACUGGAUUCUUGGGAUGGACAGAUGAAAGAUUGUCACGUUUUAAUGACUCAACACCUGAAUGGCAGCACAUAGAUAGUUUUCGGGUUGACCAUCAGCAGACAGUAUACGACCUAAUGGGUGGAAAGAAGAAGAAAGCGUGUGCGGCAGCGGCGCCUGUAGCCGCGGCUAGAGGGGCUCCUGCAGCGGCCAACAUCGUGGCAGAAGACCCCUCUGUUGGCAAGAAACCUCCGCCGAUCAAGCCAGUGAAACCAGUAAAGGACAACAAACCCAAAGCUCCGAGGACCUACAGCCUGGCCAACACUGCCCAGGUGGACACCGGUGGGGUCGCUGACAAAUCGAUUCUCAAAGUGGUCAUUCAAGUGGACCUGGAGAAGAAGAUCAUCAAGCUGAUCAAUGACUUCAGACAGGAGAAUGGAGACAAGGGGCCAAUAUCCGGGAGACUCACCAAUAAGAAAUUGCUGGACCUUUACACCGCUCUGCAGAAGUUCAACUUCAAGACAGAGCACAUUGAAGAGGCCAUGAAAAGCAGUGUGUUGUAUGGUGGCGAUCUCCACUCUGCUCUCGACUGGCUUUGUCUGAAUCUCAAAGAUGAGGAGCUUCCUGAUGGUUUCCGGCAGCAGAUGCAGGAGGAGAAUCAGAAGAGCAGGCCCAAGUACCAGCCCAUAGUCCAUGAAAAGCCCGCCCCACCCAGCCCCAAAGCAUCCCGUGAUGACUCUCCGAAGGAGGCCAUUAAGAAGGCCCCGGUGAAGGACGAGGCUGCUGUGAAGGACUGGAUCCUCAGAUACGCUGAGCAGAGCAGCGAGGAGGAGGAGAUGGAGGAGAAAGAAAAGGGCGGAGGGAACAAUCUUGCCAGCAGCAUGGAGCAGGAGGGCAAGUUUGACCCAAACGACAGGUACCUGGUGUUAACUGCCCAGCUGUACGACACCAAGGACAUGGCAGCCACCGCCAAGUUAAAAAAAGACAAAGCAUCCCAAAGGAUGGCCCAGGACAGGAUACGCAUCAUACAGCAAGAAAUGAAACCUCUGGAGUCACAUCCAAUGUUCAACCCAGCUAUAAAGGUAGUGGACGCGCCCAAGGAGAACAAAGCACUUCCUGUGGCCGUGGAGGAGGGUCUCAACCUGUUUGAUCAAGUUCCAGUCCCGCCCCCGGCAGUUAAAGGUACAGUUGUAACAAUUGGUCCAAGAAGCUCCAAGAUGUUAAAUCAAUUUUCAACGUCAAUCACCUCACCAUCUAUACACAACUUAUUUGCAGAGUCCAAGAAGAACGAGCCAAAGGACAUUCGUGACUUUGACUACACGUCCCGCAGUUGGACGGGCAAGUCUCCGAAACAGUUCCUGAUCGACUGGGUCCGCAAGAACCUGCCCAAGAGCCCCGCGCCGGCCUUCCACAAGGUCCAGGUUGGGAAGUACUGGAAGUGCAAGGUGCGUGUCCAGAGGCUAGAUGACGUGCUGGAGGUCUGUCCCACCAUCCUGACCGAGGACGGCAUGCAGGCCCAACACCUGGGGGCUGUCCUGGCUCUGUACACCAUGGUCAAAGGACAGUCGGUGCACCAGCUGCUGCCCUCCACCUACCGGGACGUGUGGCUGGAGUGGCGGGACCGGGACCAGCAGAGGCAGGAGGAGAGCCGCACCGCCGCCAACAAGCCCCGGGACCAGUUCAUCGCCCGCCUGCUCACCCGGCUCAAGCAGCAGCAGCAGCAGCACAACCCCAGCUCGGGCUCCCAGGACCCCCAUCCCCGGUUCGGAUCCAAGGCGACGCAGCCCGCCGGCGGGGAGGACGAGCCGGAGGAGUCCUGGGAGAACCUGGCGGGCCUGGAGAUGGAGGACGGCGGGGAGACCAACGACAAGGCGGAGGCCGGCCGGGGCAGAAAGGAGAAGGGCGGAGGGUUCGAAGCGUCCAGGGAGCUGAUGAUCAGGAUGAGGAAGUCCCCAAUGGCGUGCAAACUCAAGGCGGAGCGGGAGCAGCUGCCGGUCUUCCAGCACCGCCACCGGGUGAUGGAGGCCCUGGGACGGCACCGCGUGGUGGUGGUGGCCGGGGAGACGGGCAGCGGCAAGAGCACCCAGGUGCCCCAGUUCCUCUUGGAGGAGCUGCUGCUGGGGGGGGACGGGGCGGGCGCGGCGAGGCCCUGCAACAUAGUGGUGACCCAGCCCCGCAGGAUCUCGGCCAUGAGCCUGGCCACCCGGGUCAACCAGGAGCUGGGCUGUGAGGACGCGCCCGGGUCCAAGAUGUCUAUUUGUGGGUACCAGAUCCGGAUGGAGAACCGGUCGGGGGAGGCCACCCGCCUGCUGUACUGCACCACGGGGGUCCUGCUCAGGAAGCUCCAGCAGGAGCGCCACCUGGACUCACUCACACACAUCAUCGUGGACGAGGUGCACGAGCGCAGCGUGCAGUCGGACUUCCUGCUGACCAUCCUGAGAGACAUGGUGCUGCGGCGUUCCGACCUGCGGAUCGUCCUGAUGAGCGCCACGGUGGACUGCACCAAGUUCUCCCGAUACUUCAACAACUGCCCCGUGGUCUCGGUGCCCGGGAGGACCUUCCCCGUGGAGGUGUUCCACCUGGAGGACAUCGUGGAGCAGACGGGCUACGUGCUGGAGAAGGACUCAGAGUACAGCCAGAGGAUCCUGGAGGACGAGGAGGAGGUCAACAUCUCUGUCUCCCAGAAAGGAGGCAAGACGACGCAGCACCAGGAGUUUGUGACGAAGGACGCCAACGCCGGCUGGGACCUGGGCCCGGACCUGGACCACUUCAGCAGCCGCACCCGCCACGUCCUGCAGUACAUGAACCCCAACAAGAUCAACAUGGAGCUGCUCCUGGACAUCAUAGACUACCUGGACAAGUCUCCUCAGUUCUCCUGCAUGGACGGAGCCAUCCUGGUGUUCCUACCUGGUCUGGCUCACAUCCAGCAGCUGUACGACCUACUGUCCAACGACAAGAGGUUUAGGAUCAAGGACCGGUAUGUUCUGGUGGCCCUUCACUCCACCCUCUCCUCUAAAGACCAAGCGUCUGCCUUCACAGUGCCCCCUGCAGGCGUCAGGAAGAUUGUGUUGUCCACUAACAUCGCCGAGACAGGCGUGACUAUCCCCGAUGUGGUGUUUGUCAUCGACAGUGGAAAGACCAAAGAAAACAAGUACCAUGAAAGCAGUCAAAUGAGCUCCCUGGUGGAGACGUUUGUUUCGAAGGCCAGCGCGCUCCAGCGCCAGGGCCGGGCGGGGCGAGUCAGGGACGGCUUCUGCUUCAGACUCUACCCGAAGUUCAGGUUUGAUGCCUUCAUGGAUUACGCAGUCCCAGAGAUACUACGAGUUCCUCUGGAAGAGCUGUGCCUGCAUAUUAUGAAGUGCGACUACGGCUCGCCGGAGGACUUCCUGAAGCGCUCGCUGGACGCCCCACAGCCCCAGUCGGUCAGCAACGCCGUCAGCCUGCUGAGGAAGAUGGGGGCGUGCCACGCCACCGACCACGCCCUCACGCCGCUGGGCCACCACCUGGCCGGCCUGCCCGUCAACGUCAAGAUCGGCAAGAUGCUGAUCUACGGCGCCAUCCUAGGCUGCCUGGACCCCAUCGCCACCAUCGUGGCAGCCAUCACAGAGAAGUCUCCCUUCUCUACUCCGAUGCACAGGAAGGACGAAGCCAACGUGGCCAAAGCUGCCCUCGCGUUCGGGAACUCUGAUCACCUGACCAUAUACAACGCUUACCAGGGUUGGAAGAACUCACGGAUGGAUGGAACACGGACUGAAAUGACCUUCUGUCGGAACAACUUCCUGAACCGAACCGCCCUCAUCACUAUAGAGGACGUGAAACAGGAGCUGAUGAGGAUGAUGGAGCAGGCUGGGUUCUGGUCCCCUCGCUGCUCCUCCUCCUCCUCCUCUUCCUCCUCCAGGGGGCCCUUGGCGCCCCUGUCCAAGCACACCAUCUCGGUGAUGAAGGCGGUGCUCACGGCGGGCCUCUACGACAACGUGUCCCGCGUCCUGUGCACCCUCUCGGUGGACGUGCUGGAGCGGGUGGCCUGCACGGGCGAGACCCCCCAGGGCAAGGCCCAGGUGCACCCGUCCUCCGUCAACCGCAACCUGCAGACCCACGGCUGGCUGCUGUACCAGGAGAAGGUGAAGUACACCAAGAUCUACCUGCGAGACACCACCUUGAUCUCCCCGUUCCCCCUGCUGCUGUUCGGAGGGGACAUAGACGUCCAACACAGAGAACGCCUCAUCACCGUGGACGGGUGGAUUCUCUUCCAGGCUCCAGUGAGGAUCGGGGUCAUCUUCAAACACCUGAGGAAGCUGAUGGACUCGCUGUUGGAAAAGAAGCUAGCCAACCCCAAGAUGAAUCUGGAAGACGAGAAGACCAUCCAGUUGAUUUUAGAGUUGAUAAAGACAGAGAAUACUGUUAAUCUAUGAACAUUAUUAGGAUGGAGAACAUGUGAUAUAAUACAUGAGUUAUUAGGAUGGUGCACAUGUAAAAUGAAUCCAUGAACGUUAUUAGGAUGGAGAACAUGCAAUAUUAUUCCAUGAACAUUAUUAGGAUGCAGUACUUCUUAACAACGAUGAUGUAUGCUUCAAAAACACUACAACUGGCCUGUGCCUUGUGUUUUGAUCAUGUUAUUAAAAGUAAUUUAUCCAAAAAUGAAUUUGGAUAGAUUUGUAUGAUGUAGGUGAUGCUUCUUAAGCAAAACUGUAUAUGGAAUGUCCCUGAACAAUUCCAGAGGAAAAAAUAACCGAAUAUAUGGCAAGAUUGAUUUCUUACAGUAUGUAAAGGAAUAAAUACAUUGGUUUUUAGUCAAAAGAAAAAUGCCCUUUUUGUGUUUGAUUUUAUUUCUACUUCAACAUAUUUUUAUUGCAAUGCGUGGUUUAUUUUACAGUGAUCUGGGAGUUGCCACAACUUUAUAAAGUUCUCCCUUUCCUCCUGGUGAGAAUAGCACGCCGCGCUAAUGGGUUUCAGACUUUAUUCCUCUUUUUAAUUCACUCAAGAGCCAAACCCUGGCUUCUACUGUCUGUAUGUACCGUACUAACGGUUGAAAUGACAUAAACAUGGGUUGUUUAACCGCAAAACCUAAA